AUGAAUUUGAAGAAAGUAUGGUUCUGCCAGAAACAGUAUCUGUGGGCUUUCGGAAGUCUCAUGCUCCUGGCCACAGCUGUUCUGAAACUGUCCGACAAUUGGGAAUGUGACCUCAGUGACUUGGGGGUGGAAUCCCUGGACUUGUGGAAGGAACACUGCAAGGAUGAGCUCUAUCAGUCCCUGAAGCUGUCACCCAUCAACUCCAUCAACUGCUCUCUGAUCACCAGAGGGGACCCUGAUGCCCUGGCUCAGGCAGCCUUGAAGAAGCUGGAGAACAAGGCAAAAAGGGUACCUUUGACGGAGACCCAAUAUCUCAACAUGACUCAGGACUGUGCUCACUUCAGGACCAGUCGGAGGUUCUUUCAGUUUCCAUUGAGCAAGGAGGAGGAGGAAUACCCCAUUGCGUACUCAAUGGUGAUUCAUGAGAAGAUUGAAAACUUUGAGAGGCUUCUGAGGGCUGUGUAUGCUCCUCAGAACAUCUACUGUAUCCACGUGGAUAAGAAGUCUCCGGAAACCUUCAAGGAGGCAGUCAGAGCCAUUACUUCAUGUCUCCCAAAUGUCUUUGUGGCCAAAAACCUGGUCCAAGUGGUAUAUGCAUCCUGGUCCAGAGUACAAGCUGAUAUGAAUUGCAUGGAGGAAUUGCUCAAGAGUUCUGUGCCCUGGAGAUAUCUUGUGAAUACCUGUGGCACUGAUUUUCCCAUAAAGACAAAUGCUGAGAUGGUGAGGGCUCUUAAGGUGUUGAAUGGGAAGAACAGUAUGGAAUCAGAGAUACCCACCGACUACAAAAAAGCCCGCUGGAAAUAUCACUAUGAGGUCAAGAACAUGAUAUUCCAGACCAGAAAGAUAAAGACCCCUCCGCCCCACGGCUUGCCCAUGUUCACAGGGAAUGCCUAUAUUGUGGCUUCCCGAGACUUUAUCCAACACCUCUUUACGAACCCAGAUGCUCAAAAGCUGAUUGAGUGGGUGAAGGAUACCUAUAGCCCCGACGAACAUCUCUGGGCCACUCUCCAUAGGAUGCCCUCGAUGCCUGGCUCUGUACCCCAUCAUGAAAAGUACCACACCUCUGACCUGAAUGCCAUUGCCCGCUUUGUGAAGUGGCAAGGCAUGGAUGGGGAUAUCAGCAAUGGGGCCCCCUAUCCCCGCUGCACCGGGACCUACCAGCGGGGCGUCUGUGUGUUUGGGGCUGGAGAUCUGCGCUUUAUGCUGCAAAGUCACCAUCUGCUGGCCAACAAGUUUGACCCGAAGAUAGAUGACAAUGCACUCCAAUGCUUGGAGGAAUAUCUGCGGUACAAAGCCAUUUAUGGGAGGGAACUCUGA